GGGCAUAAAAAUUAAUAAUUAGAAAAAUAAAAGAAAUUAAUAGCCAUAUUUCCUGGAAAUUUCACAGGGAAAAAGUGCUCAACGUUAAUAGUACUCUUUACCCACCUGCAAAUGACCCGACCCGACCCGACCCGGCUAGGCAAGGAAAAUAUCAAGAAAUGAACAUUUGUACGGAAGGGCCCAACCCGGAGGAAUCUUUUUCCAAAGAGAAAAUUUCCCAGCACAAGACUCAUUGACUCUGCAAGUCAAUCUUCUUGAUUUUGCCUCUCUACAAAUAACAUGGCAUUCUCUCUCUCUCUCUCUUCAUAACAUAACUCCCAAAAUUCAUUACUUUGAGCUUUCUUCUAUCUAUCUUUCUGCAGUUGUUUCUUGAUUAUACUCAUUUCUAUAUAUAGUUCAACUACUUCUCUCUCUCUCUCUAGAGUGGUUUGAUGACGGAGCUUAUACCAAUCGGAACAAUUCUAGCUCUCCUCACAAACCAGAUUAUGAAAACAGCCCAAGCAGCCAAAGACGUCGUUUUCGAAAAGGAAAGCUUCAAGAUUCUAGCAAAGCACCUCCUCGACAUCGAGCCCGUUUUGAAGGAGCUCGAAUCCCACCACCUAAACGACUCCCCUGCUACGAGACAAGCUCUCGAAUCCCUCGAAAACGACGUCAAGAAAGCCAACAACCUCGUCGACAAGUACAAGAAUCGGGGCCGCUUCUACCUCCUGAUCAAGUGCAGGCAAAUCGUCAACGAAAUACAAGACGUUACGCGAGAGAUAGGCAACGCAUUGGCCGCCCUCUCCCUCGCCAACAUUGAGGUUCUUUCGGGAAUCUCCGACCAAGUGAACAAAAUACAAAACGAGAUGCAACGGGCCCAACUCGAAACCGCCCAAUCACGCGUCCAAAUCGUGGAUAAGUUAAACCAGGGUUUAUCAGAUCAAGUGUUCGAUAAGGAAUUCGCCAACGAUAUUCUCAGUGAAAUUGCCAGAGCCGUAGGUGUGCCCGUCGAACCGUUAGAAAUCAGCAAGGAGAUAGCUAGCUUUAAAAAAGAGAAAGAAGAAGCCGAAGAUCGGAAAGAACGGGCGGAGGUGUUGUUCUUAGACCAAGUGAUCGAGCUCCUCUCGCGAGCCGAUGCCGCUAGCGAUUACGAAGAAGUGAGGCGGCAGUAUUUCCAACGGCUCGACGCGGUGGAGAAAUACGAUCCAAGAGAAGAGUGGAUCCAACCGUUUAGAUCGUUCUUCUGUUGUAUAACGGGGAAUGUGAUGGUGGACCCCGUUAGCCUCUGCACCGGCACUACGUGCGAGAGGGCAGCCCUCGAGAAUGAUUGGUUCGGACGUGGGGAGGAAACGGAUCCCGAGACGGGCGAGAUUCUUCGGGAUUUCUCGUACCGGCCCAACAUUCGAGUCAGACAGUCCAUUCAAGAGUGGAGGGAGCUCAAUUAUUGCAUCAAGAUUAGGUCUUGCAAGACGAAACUUAUAUCCCAUGUUGAUUCGUUGGUCGAAGAGGCGCUCGAUCGGAUGGAAGAGCUCGUCAGAGAGGAUUCGGUUAAUAAGGAUUGGGUCUCUAUUGGGGGGCUAACUGAUUUAGCUGUUGCUAUGAUUGGGGGUGGUGUGGUUAGUGAAGAUGUUGAAAAUAAAUUAUUGGUGACUUUGAAGGAGAUCAUAGAUGGCCAUGAAAGAAACAAGGUGAUUUUCGUCGAGAAUCACGGGAUUGAGAAAAUCGUACCGUGUUUACAAUUGGACUCGAGCGUAUCGAUGGCUGCUAUUGAGUUGUUGUACGAGGUUUUGCGCGAUAGAUCGGGUUGGAACGAGGGUUUUUGCAGGACCUUUUCGCAGCAGAGCGAUUCGAUCGCGUUCCUCGUUUACCUUGUGAAAAAUCCAGUUCAUGAAACAGCUACUAAAAAGUUAGCAGAAGAAAUAUUGAUGAAGCUUUGUGAAGUGGAUGAAAAUGUUAUUCAGGCUGCUAAAGUGAACUAUUUCAGACCACUAAUUGAUAAGGUGAUCCAAGGAUCAGUACCUGUAAGGAUAUCAAUGGUGAGAGAGCUUCUAACCAUGGAACUGGACGAAGAGAAAAUCGAGCUACUCGGCGAGGAAGGGCUAAUACCCCCCUUACUCGAGAUGGCAUCUGCAAAUAUCGAAUCGAAGGAAGUUUCAUUACAAGCCCUCGUCAAGCUGUCAACAUUCCAUCACAACAAACGGAUCUUCGCUUCUCUAGGCGGGCCCACUCUAAUCUUAAAGCUAAUGUUUUCUUCCCACAUGCUAGCUGUUGUUGUACCCAAAUGCACCGAAAUUCUCGCAAACCUUUCUUCAAGCGGAGACGGAAUUAAAUAUAUGGUUGACCGAAAUGGGGCCCACCUUGAACUAGAGCCCGUCAUAACCGGCUUAUUAUCAUUCCAACACAACCUCAACUCGCUCGACGUUGUAAGAAAGCCGGCCCUGCGGGCCCUACUCGGGAUUUGUCGGGCUGAAAAUGGGCUCGUUAAGUCUGCGGUUCUUUCGGCCAGUGGCGUUUCUGUAAUACUUGCCUUACUCGACGACUCGAAUCAAGAAAUUCGAGAGCUGGCGAUCAAUCUUCUGUUUCUGUUUUCUCAGCACGAACCAGAGGGGGUUGUGGAGUAUCUAUUGAAGCCUAGGAGAUUGGAGGCUUUGGUGGGGUUUCUCGAAAACUCCGAUAAAGGCGAUGUACAGAUGGCAGCAGCUGGUUUGUUGGCCAAUCUCCCUAAAUCGGAAACUUUGUUGACCGAAAAAUUGAUUGAAUUAGGCGGGCUGAAAGCGAUAGUGGACAUUGUGAGAUCAGGGACUAUAGAAGCUAAGGAGAAUGCACUCAGUGCUCUCUUUAGGUUCACGGACCCCACAAAUCUCGAGUCACAGAGGAUCACAGUGGAACAAGGUGUGCACCCUCUUCUCACAAACCUUCUCCGAGUCGACUCAGUGACAGCUAGCGCGAGGGCGGCAGCUCUACUCGGCGACCUCUCCAUGCGAUCUCAUGAACUGAGUGUUGUGCAUCCAAAGAAACCACGGUGUUUGUGUGUGUGGUUUCGCUUCACGAGGAAGAGAUUGUCCGUGUGUGCGGCACACGGGGGUGAGUGUAGCGUGGGGGCCACGUUCUGUCUCUUGGAAGCCGAGGGUGCACUGGAUGGUCUCGUGGGGCUUUUGGAGAAGAAAGUCGAUGCCACAGCUUACGAGGCGAUACAGACACUUUCGACUCUUGUGAGGGAAGAUUCACCUCAGAGAGGGGCCCACGUACUGCACGAGAACGGGGCAGUGGGACCCACGAUUGAGGUGCUGAGGUGGGGGUCGGAGUCACUCAAGGGGGAGGCUUUGAGCCUCUUGGAGAAAGUUUUCACUAGGGAUAUGGUGGAGCUGUACGGAUCGACGGCUAGAUUGCCUCUGAUGCAGCUGACUGGGCGGAGUUUUUUCGAAGAUGGGCAUCUUCAGAGGAAGGCAGCUAAAGUCUUACUUCUCAUCGAACGUUAUUUGAGAUCUUCAUCAACAUAUUCAGUAACAGGGCUAAACAGUUUUUGAUUAGUAGUAUAUGUCCAAUAUUUUUGCAACAGAAAAUAACUUGUCUUUUGGAAGGUAAGAAACAAGAACACAACAGGGCAUUUCAAAUGACAAACAAAUUCCAGUUAAAAAGGUCAUAAUUUUAG